GCGUAAAUGCGAUGCUUACAUGGCUAGCAUUUGGGAAUCACUGCUAAAAACAGAAAUUGUUUCACUACAUACAACAUCUAGGAAAUUAUUCAAUUAAACAUAUGUACAGUGUUCUCCGAACCUCGUAGCCAACUAAAUGCAGUAAGCUGUCCCCUAAGUUUUAGGUGUUAGGUAAUGUUUUUAAACCACAAGGUAAUGGCACUGAAGCAGGCAGUCUCGAAAAAAAUAUUGGAGGAAGUUAUUCUUCCUUUGAAGAAACCGAAGGACUGGAAGGUUUUAGUCUUAGACCGUCUAUCCACCCGCAUCGUGUCGUCUUGUUGCAAGAUGCACGAGAUUAUGAAUAGCGGCAUCACGCUUGUGGAGGACAUUACGAAAAGACGUGAGGUUUUGCCUAUUGAGGCGAUCUAUCUGAUCACUCCUACUGAACAGUCCAUACGGCUCUUAAUGGAAGACUUUCAAAGCGCUUCAAACCAAUAUCGAUACGCCCAUGUUUUCUUCACUGAGGCCUGUCCAGAUGAGUUGUUCAAUCGUCUGUGCCACUCCAACUGCGCACUCUUUUUGAAAACGCUCAAGGAGAUUAACAUCGCCUUUCUUCCUGUCGAAUCUCGCGUGUUUUCUCUGGAUUCUGCUCUAAGUUUCCAAUACUACUUCAACCCAAACGCUCGACAAUAUGCCUCGCAGUUGGAGAGAAUAGCUGAGCAAAUCGCGACACUAUGUGCAACGCUUGGUGAAUAUCCUCUUAUCCGCUACCGCAGUCAGUUCGAAAGAAAUGCAGAGUUCACCCAGAUGGUCCAACAGAAAUUGGACGCUUACAAGGCAGACGAUCCACAGAUGGGCGAGGGCCCGCAGAAAGAUCGUAGUCAGUUAAUUCUUCUGGACCGUGGUUUUGAUCCCAUUUCACCUGUCCUACAUGAACUAACUUUCCAGGCAAUGGCUUACGAUCUAUUGGCCAUUGAUAACGAUGUGUACCGGUAUGUAAACACAUCUGGCCCCGAAGAACGCGUCAAAGAAAUUAUCCUGGACGAAAGUGAUGAACUUUGGUGCGAAUUACGACACCAACACAUCGCUGUCGUUUCACAACAGGUGACUAGCAAGUUGAAAAAGUUCGCGGAGGAAAAACGGAUGGUCAGUGCUGGUGAAAAGACCACAAUGCGGGAUUUGAGUCAAAUGUUGAAGAAAAUGCCCCAAUAUCAAAAAGAAUUAUCCAUGUAUUCUACUCACUUUCAUCUGGCCGAGGAGUGCAUGCAGACGUAUCAAGAUCAUGCCAAUAAAUUGUGUAAAGUUGAACAGGAUUUGGCCAUGGGCACUGAUGCAGAGGGCGAGCGCAUUAAAGAUCACAUGCGCACGAUGGUUCCCAUCCUAAUCGAUGAAUCUGUUUCUGCAAAUGAUAAAUUACGUAUCAUUUACCUCUACGUGGUUCAGCGGGGUGGGACAAGUGAGGAGAACCUGGCCAAGUUGGUACAGCAUGCGCAAAUACCAUCCACACAGUCUAGCGUUAUUCGCAAUCUGGCUCUUCUCGGUGUCCCGGUUAUACAAGAUGCUGCUGGAACGGGUAUUGGUAGACGCAAAGUCCCUCAACCUUAUCUACCUGCAAACAGACGCCAGCGCGAAGAUGGACCGAGGUAUCAAAUGUCUCGUUGGACUCCUUGUCUCAAAGACAUCAUGGAGGAUGCGUGCGAUGACAAGUUGGACCCCAAAGUUUUCCCCUGCUUUGGUGGUGGUCCUGUUCGUGGUCCUGGAGCUCGUGGCGGAACUGCAUCAAUGUCUGCUCGUUAUGGCCUUUGGCACCGAGACAAGAGCCAACAACCGCGAUGCGGCCCUAGACUGAUCUUUUUCAUUAUUGGUGGCGUUUCUUACUCUGAAAUGCGCUGUGCAUAUGAGGUAAUGAACACCACCUCCGGAAAACAAUGGGACGUAAUCGUGGGUGGUACUCAUUUACUAGUCCCCGAAGGCUACCUCUCAGAUCUGGAAAAGUUAUCCUACCCACCUGGACAGGCUCCCUCUGCAGCAAGUACCACUGGCGUAAUGGUCGGUGCAGGCGGUGAGCCGGUUUGAUUGCGCACUGCCACGACAACUCCGUCUGCGAUCGCCAUCUCUUUCCUCUCUGAUUGAUGCGAACCUUUUCCAUCUUAUUCACUCACAAAGCACUCAUAUCAUUUUGUGUUGUACUCCACAUGAUCCCCGGAGAUCGGCCUCUUCCAGUAUCCACUUUUCCAGAUUGAUUUACCUCCGGUCGUUCCUCAGUUGUCAACACUUAUUCGCCAAUACUCCGAUUGUAUCUUAUGAAAUGCGGUGUCUGUACCGAACCACAAUGCAUUUGAGUUACUUUCCGCCUAUUUAUUUGUUUAUUUGUUCACUAACUUAUUGGGGUUAUUUCCCCAUCUAUUUAUUUCUUUAUUUACUGACUUGUCGUUUUUCAAUUGUCGUUCCAAACUGUUCGCCGCAUUUCCCCGAUCACUAAAGCACAUUCCGUUUAGUACCGUCCCCUGUACUACGUAAGCUUCUUUUUUGAUAGCAUUGAUCAUGACUUAUCCUCUUACUAUUAUUAUAUUAUUUAUGAACUAGCACAAUGCGCCAAUUUCAUUCCUCCCUCGUCAACACUUGGUCUCUCUUCUUUCUGCUCGCAACUUCCGGACCCCCGUGAUGUGCAGUGAUACGCACUAGCUGGUCUAUUUUUAUCCUGUCCUACGACUAUACUUUAUUUAUAUCGGUGUUUACAUCUGUUUCACCCUCGGCUGUAAGUCAAACAACCCACUAGGAUGCCUAGUUGAUAGCUGAAUUUCACACCCUAAUUCC